AUGGAUUUGGUAGCUCACUGUAAGGGAAAGUUGGUAUCUUUUCGAAUCAAAGAGCUCAAGGAUGUUCUGACCCAGCUGGGUCUUCCAAAGCAAGGGAGGAAACAGGAUCUGGUCGAGAGAAUCUUAGCAUUAGUUUCAGGUGAAGAAACAUCCAAUACACGCCAUUUGUCAAAGGAAAAAUUCAUUGAGAAGAAAGAAGUAGCAGAAAUAAUUAAUGAAGCUUACAGAAAAAUGCAGGUUACACCGUCAACUGAUUCUGCUUCAAAGGAACAGAGUGGUUCAGAUACCUGCAGUGUGAAGCCUAAAAAGGAAGUUAAGAAUUUUAGUGAUACACAUGCGAAGAUUUGCUGUCCCUGUGGAAGUUCUUUGUCUACUGAGGCAAUUAUACAGUGUGUGGACCCAAGGUGUCAAGUGCAGCAACAUGUUCGCUGUGUUAUUAUGCCAGAGAAAACAACGGAUUGCAAUCUACCAGUCCAGCCUCUCUUCUACUGUGAAAUGUGUCGUCUCAAACGUGCAGAUCCUUUUUGGGUGACUGAGGUAGAUCUACUAUCUCCGGUGAAAUUAGUGGCUUCAAAUAUUCCAAUUGAUGGUGCAAAUCCUACUCAGAAUGUGGAGAAGACAUUUCAACUUUCCAGAGCCAAUAAAGAUCUACUUCAGGAUAAUGAAUAUGAUGUUCAGGCUUGGUGUAUGCUUCUCAAUGAUAGUGUUCCAUUUAGGAUGCAAUGGCCACAGUUUGCAGAUUUACAGGUCAACGGUAUGAGUGUUAGGACAGUUAAUAGGCCGGAACAUCAAUUGUUAGGUGCUAAUGGUCGUGAUGAUGGAGCAUUAAUCACAUUAUGCCUUGUGUAUGGAAUCAAUAAGAUUUCAUUAUCAGGGUGUGAUAAGCGUGCUUUCUGUUUCGGUGUCAGACUUGUCAAGCGACGUACAGUUCAGCAGGUUCUCAACUUGAUUCCUAAAGAAGAAGAUGGGGAGCUUUUUGAAGAUGCACUUGCGCGAGUUUGUCGUUGCAUUGGUGGUGGGCCUGCUAAGGCACCCGAAGAUAGUGACAGUGAUUUGGAAGUGAUUUCAGACUCAGUAUCAGUAAAUCUCCGAUGCCCUAUGAGUGGCUGUCGAAUGAAGGUAGCUGGCAGAUUCAAACCUUGUGUCCACAUGGGUUGCUUUGAUCUUGAAACUUUUGUGGAGCUAAACCAACGCUCUAGGAAGUGGCAAUGCCCUGUAUGCCUCAAGAACUACUCCUUGGAGGACAUCAUCAUCGACCGCUACUUCAAUCGCAUUACAAUGAUGAUGCUAAAGUGUGGGGAAGACAUAACAGAGAUCAAUGUGAAGCCAGAUGGUUCUUGGAGUGCAAAGACCAAAGGCGAGUUUAAUGAUCUUGCACAAUGGCAUUCGCCUGAUGGAUCUUUAUGUGCUGGUAUGAAUUUGGAAACCUCAAGGCAGUUCAAGCUGGAAUCUUGUACAAACGAACAUAGUGGAUUUAUGCAUAAUCCUUGUGGGGUUACGGAAGUUAGUGGACAUCAGCAUGGCCCAUUAGAGGAAGAGUUUGAGGUUUGCAGUCAAAAUGUGAUAACAAUGAGCAGCAGUGCCACAGGAAGUGGUAGAGAUGAUGAAGGUAUGAACCAGAACUGCAAUGUCUCCGCCAACGAUGACAACGAAAUCAACUCAGCUUCUCGUAAUUUUGACCCAAGAUUUGCAAUUAUGAACGAUGGUUCUGCUCAAGCUGGGAAUGCUGAUAUCAUUAUUCUUAGUGACUCUGAAGAAGAAGAUGUCCACUUGGUUUCUCCUGGAACUGUCUACAAUACUUUGCCAGUAGGUGGCAGUGGGUGUUCUCUGUCUGUACCUCCUGGCUUUUCAGGCUCAUAUGCACAAGAUCCAUCUCUGAAAGUGUGUGCAAGCUCUUCUUUGGGUCUCUUUAAUGAAACUGGAAAUGAUAUUGGGAUGUCUCAGUAUCAAUAUCCUUCAGGCACUGAAGCAGAUCCUGGGUUCCAGUUAUUUGGUACAGAUUCAGAUAUUUCAGAUGCUUUCAUUGAUUUGGAGCAGACAGAAGUUGCCCAUUCAGCUCCAACAAAUGGUAACACAUUGGUCUUGGAGGAAAUUCUAAAUCCAAGCAGACAGGUUUUAAACUCGUCUGGUUCCCAUGCCAAUGCUCACUUGGAUAACAGCUUGGUUGAUGAUCCUUUGGCCUUUGUUAGUGAGGACGGCUCACUACAAAAUUUUCUUCCAACUCAGCCCUCUGGUUUGUUGGAGCAAUCUGAUUCUGGACAACAUCCAGAUUCAAAUGGAAUUAAUACUGAGGAUUGGAUGUCUCUUAGACUUGGUAGUAUUGGUGAAAUUGUCCCCAAUGAUAUUGAGGCCUGCACUGAAUCUGCAAAGACAAAUGAACUACGUUUGAGAAACCAAAGUGGAUCAGAUAAAGGAGAAGCAAACAUCUUCAUUUUUGUAAAUUCAAGGUUUCAGCCAUGUGCAAAGCUGAUUGACCGUAAUGUAACUGUAUUUCUUUUCUACUUGGUGAUAUUGUUGAAGGUGCAGGUUCGACUUGCUCCUCCUGCAAUGAUUUUGCACUGA